CCGGUAACGGCAACGAAUCUAUCCGCCGGCAUGAAACCUAAAUUGAAAUUACAAUUUCCCUUAAAGAUUCGUUUUUUCCGCCAACCUUCCCGAAAGCUUGGGACUUUAUUUGUAGAAAAAGUAAAAGAGAGCCUUUGUGUUUAUUUCUGAGCCUUGUCUUUGUCCGUGAGACGUGGACGAGCGAUCUCCAUCAGAAAAUGAGAACCCUUCCACGUACACUCUUUGCCUUUUCUUCUAUAGCUUCCUUGUGACGUGUUUCUUCGUUUCUGGGUUUUGGGUUUACCAGAGAAAAAGCCAAAGAACAACUUUUGUUCUGAGAGAUUACGAUUAGGGUUUAUCAAGGAUUUUGAAACGAUUUUGGUAAGAAGAUGACAAGAGUCAAGAGUAAACUAGACGAUGAAUUGUCGUCUCCUUGGUUUUAUACUGUUUGCACCAUGGGAGGAAUGCUUAGUGCUGGAACAACCCAUUUAGCUAUAACUCCUCUUGAUGUCCUCAAAGUCAAUAUGCAGGUGAAUCCAGUGAAGUACAAUAGCAUUCCUUCCGGUUUCUCUACUCUCUUAAGAGAGCAUGGCCAUUCCUAUCUUUGGAGAGGUUGGUCAGGGAAGCUUUUAGGUUAUGGUGUUCAAGGUGGAUGCAGAUUCGGACUCUAUGAGUACUUCAAGACACUCUACAGCAAUGUGUUACCUAAUCAUAACAGAACUUCCAUAUAUUUUCUCAGCAGCGCUUCUGCUCAGAUAUUCGCCGAUAUGGCUUUAUGUCCUUUUGAAGCCAUAAAAGUUAGAGUUCAGACGCAGCCCAUGUUUGCAAAAGGGUUGCUUGAUGGAUUUCCAAGAGUGUAUAGAAGUGAAGGUCUUGCUGGCUUCCACAGGGGACUUUUUCCGCUCUGGUGUCGCAAUCUUCCAUUUUCUAUGGUGAUGUUCUCAACGUUUGAGCAGUCAGUUGAGUUUAUAUAUCAAAAUAUUAUCCAGAAAAGGAAGCAAGAUUGCUCUAAAGCUCAACAACUUGGUGUCACAUGUCUUGCUGGCUAUACUGCUGGAGCCGUAGGUACAGUCGUCUCUAACCCCGCAGAUGUGGUUCUUUCAUCUCUCUACAACAACAAAGCCAAGAGUGUGUUGCAGGCUGUGAGGAAUAUUGGGUUUGUUGGUCUUUUCACCAGAAGUCUUCCUGUUCGGAUCACGAUUGUUGGACCUGUCAUUACCUUGCAAUGGUUCUUCUACGAUGCUAUCAAAGUCUUAAGCGGAUUCCCUACAAGUGGAGGAGUGAAGAAACCAGUGGAUGCAACUAAAUUAUCAGUGUGAAGCUUAGCAGAGUAGAUCAAUCUCUAUCAACAAUAAAACCAGGAACUCAAAACAUACUGUCAUGUAAGAUUCUCUCGCGAGUAAAUACCGAGGCGUUGUGUAGUGGUUGGAAGGAACAUUUUGAUCUUUUUUGUUUUAUGCGCAAAUGCAUUUGCUCAACCCCUGCCUAAAAUUGGAUUGUAAGUAAAGUGCUAAUGAGUGAUAUUGCUGUAAACAGAAACUAUGAUCUUUAACUGAUUGAUGUCAAAGGAAGUGUCUGGUUUUUAUCUUUGUUAUGUUCUGAACCAAUUUGUCUUAAGUAGAGAAGACUGAGAUUUUGCUGUU